CGUAGUACGCAAGUGUCCGCAGCUCAAGGCCUGCCAGUGGACGGAAGCAGUGAGCGCAGAGCUUGUGUCUUCAAGUGGAAAACAAGACGAAUACAACGAACUGCUGUGCUCUGUGUAAAGAAGACACUUGUCCUUUUAUGAAUCAUCUCUUGAAUUGUCUGUAUAUCUUUUAAGAGGAUUUUGAAGGUGAAGUUUUUCGUGAAUGCCCAAGAAACAGUCAGUACGGUUUUCAACAUGAACAGGAAUAAGCGUGAGAAAGAGUAUUACAGCAUAGAUGUAGGAGAUUCAACAUUUACCGUUUUGAAGCGCUAUCAGAAUCUGAGACCAAUCGGGUCUGGAGCUCAAGGCAUCGUCUGCUCUGCAUAUGACCACGUCCUUGAACGAAAUGUUGCAAUUAAGAAACUUAGCCGACCCUUUCAGAACCAAACUCAUGCCAAACGGGCCUACAGAGAACUGGUCCUGAUGAAAUGUGUCAACCACAAAAACAUAAUUGGCUUGUUAAAUGUGUUCACACCACAGAAGACACUUGAAGAAUUCCAGGAUGUUUAUCUGGUGAUGGAGCUGAUGGAUGCAAACCUGUGCCAGGUCAUUCAGAUGGAGCUGGACCACGAGAGACUCUCCUACCUGCUUUAUCAGAUGCUCUGCGGCAUCAAACACCUACAUGCUGCCGGCAUCAUACACAGGGAUCUGAAACCUAGUAACAUAGUAGUGAAAUCCGACUGUACGCUGAAGAUCCUCGACUUCGGCCUGGCCCGGACGGCCGCCACCGGCCUCCUCAUGACCCCUUAUGUGGUGACGCGCUACUAUCGUGCCCCCGAGGUCAUCCUGGGCAUGGGUUACCAAGCCAAUGUGGAUAUUUGGGCUGUUGGCUGCAUUAUGGCAGAGAUGGUGCGGCACAAAAUCCUUUUUCCAGGGAGGGACUAUAUUGACCAGUGGAACAAGGUGAUCGAGCAGCUGGGCACACCAGCACAGGAGUUCAUGUUGAAGCUGAACCAGUCUGUGAGGACUUACGUGGAGAACAGACCUCGCUAUGCUGGAUACAGCUUUGAGAAGCUCUUCCCUGACGUGCUCUUCCCUGCAGACUCUGACCACAACAAACUCAAAGCGAGCCAGGCCCGAGACUUGUUAUCCAAAAUGCUGGUAAUAGAUGCGUCGAAGCGAAUCUCAGUGGACGAGGCCCUCCAGCACCCCUACAUCAACGUGUGGUACGAUCCGUCAGAGGUGGAAGCGCCGCCACCGGCGAUCACGGAUAAACAACUAGAUGAGAGAGAACACACAGUAGAAGAGUGGAAAGAGCUGAUAUAUAAGGAAGUGCUGGACUUGGAGGAGCGAACGAAAAACGGGGUGAUCCGAGGACAGCCGGCCUCACUAGGUGCAGCAGUGAGCAGUGACUCCCAGGAGCCCUCGACGACGUCCUCCUCCUCCACAAACGACGUGUCGUCCAUGUCCAGCGACCCCACCGUGACCUCGGACACAGACAGCAGUCAGGAGACCACAGGACCGCUGGGCUGCUGUAGAUGACCAUCCUCGUUCAUCCCGUUCCUGCUAACAUCCCUCUUCACUGGCAAACGGACACGUGUCCUCCUUUCUUUCUCAAACUUGACAAGUUCUUUUGAAUCGAAAAAGUUUAAGAAUGGAGGUAAGAGUUUUUGAGGGCACCUUGAAAGCUUUUACACCAAACCAGCAUUACUUUGAUUGCUUUCAUUUGCUGUACUUUAAUUUUGCAUCAGCGCUACGUCAUCUUGCCGUUUGGAUGUGGAAUGAUUUGAGUUUAUUUGUAAAGAUGGAUGGUGAAUAUAUUUCUGAGAUGUUUUAUUUUUUGAGAGUCAUUUUAAUCACUAAUUAGUGGAGGUUCUUUAAAUGGCACGUCCAUUUCCUGGAUAAAUUAAUGUUUCCACACUGUUACUACUGUUUCGGUGCUGUAUGAAAUGCAUCUGAUCGGUCUAAGA